AUGUCGUCGGGUUUUCCGGACAGAUCGGGUUCGACGAAACGAAGCCGAUCGCGAUCUCCAUCAUCGCGUCAACCCCAGAAGCUCCCCCGCAGAUACGAUGAGAGGGACUACCAGAGCGAUGGAAGAGGUCGAUCGGCGCAGUCGCAGUCGAGGAAUAUGAAGAAUCAGAUGCGGAUAAAUCAAUUACAAGAAGACGAGCAAGUGCGCGAAUGGGUAGCGCAGGAGGACGUUUUCGUGCUUAAACAGGCCAAAAAGAAGGCGGAGAUCCGUGUCAAAGAAGGCCGGGCGAAACCGAUUGACUGGCUUACUGUCACCCUGCGAUUUAUCGACCCGACAAGGAACCCUCUUGAUGAUGAGAUUGCGGACUCGGACCUGGAUAUCGUGGAUCCGGAUGGCGUUUUCGAAGGACUGUCUCAGAGUCAAUUGCUGGACUUGGAGAAGGACAUUGAUACAUUUCUGAGUUUGGAGGCAAAUCCACAAAACAGAGAUUAUUGGAAGACUAUGAGAAUUAUCUGUCGCGACCGUCAGAAAAUUAUUGCUCCGGAAGGGCGUGCGCUCAACUCCGUCGCUGCGGAUAUCAAUAGGCUUUUAGGUCCUAAAACCUACGAGCAACUUCAAACCCUUGAAGUACAGGUCAAGAAAAAGCUGGAUUCUAAUGAACCCAUCGAUACCGAUUACUGGGAAGAAUUGCUGCGGAGUCUCACCGUCUGGAAAGCCCGCGCCAAACUGAAGAAGGUUUUUCAGGCCGUCAUAGACGAACGUGUUCGAGGACUACGCCAACAACAGCGCGACGAAGCGGAGUCGGUUCGAGCAAAGCUUGCGCCUCUGGCGCCAGUCAUCCAGCCAUCGACCGAGGACAAAACACAAUCCGGGUUGGAUGAAGAAUUCCGUGGCCUUGAUCCCGACCCGCUGCUCCAGGUUCGCCCGGAAGACAAGGUCUUGGAGGUAGUGGAUGAGUCGAACUUUUUGGAUCAGGUGGCUCGCGAGCGUCAAAAGGUUCUAAAGAUGGGUUUUGUGCCUCUCCGCCAGAGGCAGGCAGAGAAAUCAUCAGCUCUUCCUGUGAACCAAACACCGAACUUGCCUGCUGUUGCCGGCUCCUCUCGCUUUUCAGCCAUACCAAAUGAAGAUUUCUCCCAGGCAACAAAGGCACUCUAUGAGCGAGAGCUUGCGAGGGGAGUCAGUGAGAAUGAAGAGAUCUUCACGGGCGAAGAAUCCGUGAGCACGGGGUCCCAGCCUCAGUGGGCGAACAAGUACCGGCCACGCAAGCCGCGAUACUUCAACCGGGUGCAAAUGGGCUACGAAUGGAAUAAGUACAACCAGACCCAUUAUGACCAUGAUAACCCGCCACCAAAGGUGGUCCAAGGCUACAAAUUCAACAUAUUCUACCCCGACCUCAUCGAUAAGACGAAAGCACCGACCUACCGUAUUGAACGCGAGCACGGACGAAAGCGCGGCCAGUCGUUUGCAGCAGCUGGUGAAGAAGAUACUUGUCUUAUUCGAUUCAUGGCCGGGCCCCCUUACGAAGACAUCGCAUUUCGAAUUGUUGAUAAGGAGUGGGACUAUAGCGCUAAGAGGGAAAGAGGCUUCAAGAGCACCUUUGACAAGGGUAUCUUACAGCUACAUUUUCAAUUCAAACGGGUCUACUACCGAAAGUAA